AUGAAAUCAAGGGGCUUUUCUGCAGUUUUCCGUCCAACUCCGAGGAAACUUUCCACCCAGUCAGUCCAUCUCUUGACCACAUCACCAACAACCACCAUGUUCAAAGGCACAACCAACCUGACCAAUAACAGCAACAACAAGAGACCACUCAACAGGAUCGACAACAGUAUCGCUCAACCGAAGGCAACCGGAAAACUAUCUUCGCUCACCAGACAAUGGUCAUCGACCGAACCUCAGAACAAAACACCAUCCUCUCAGCCACCACCGCCCCAAUCAUCCUCACAGCCAUCCUGGCAACUCGACCAGGAAGAAUGGCCACCAACAUCCCCUGAUCCUCUCCAACCACCAUCCAAAAAACCAAAGCCUAGCCAAGCAGAUUCUACCAGCCGCAACACGCUCAACAGGACUAGCUCAAAUAAGGCACUCCCCUGGGAUAUCUCCCCCAAUUUCAAAUCUGCUCCCGCUGGAUCGUCGGCAAAAAGUAACGCGUUCAACCAGCUCCCAGGGAUCGGGAAACAGCAAGCCACCAGCGCAUCGAUCAAAAGCCAUCUGAACAAUCCCAACAUGAGCAUUGCUGCCAAGGUCUCCCUAUCGCCAGAACAACAGAACGUGCUGGACUUAGUCCUGAAAGGGGAGUCGAUAUUUUUCACAGGCUCAGCAGGCACAGGGAAGUCUGUACUACUGCGCCACAUCAUCUCGGCACUGAAGCGUUCCUACGCGAGUCGGCCGGACGCGGUGGCGAUCACCGCGUCGACGGGGAUGGCCGCCUGCGCGAUCGGCGGGACGACGAUCCAUUCCUUCGCGGGCAUCGGACUCGGCGCCGAGGAGAAAGACGUCCUGCUCGGGAAAGUCAGACGUAAUCGCAAGGCUAGUGGCAAGUGGAUGCGCACUAAGGUCUUGAUCAUCGACGAAAUUUCUAUGGUCGAUGGCGAUCUGUUUGAUAAGCUGGCUUACAUCGCGGCAAGGAUGAAGAGAUCUGACAAACCGUUUGGAGGGAUCCAAGUGGUUAUUGCAGGCGACUUUUUCCAGUUACCACCGGUUUCUAAAGGCCGAGUUUCGUUUGCAUUUAAUGCGCCUAGUUGGAAAGAAUGUAUCCCCAAGACGAUCAAUCUCACUCAAGUGUUUCGACAGAAGGAUUCGACGUUUAUUGAUAUGCUGAACGAGAUGAGGAUGGGCAAUUUAUCACCCGACUCGAUCCAACGAUUCUACAAGCUCUCACGCGAUUUAAACUUUGGAGAUGGGAUUGAGCCAACGGAGCUAUACCCGACGCGGCAAGAAGUAGAGCGGUCGAACGGGGCGCGGCUGGCGGCAUUGAAGACGGAGGCGCGGGUGUACACGGCGGUGGAUUCGGGGAAAGCGCCGCCGGAGCAACGGGCGCGAGACCUCGCGAACAUGAUGGCGGUGCCGAGUUUGACGUUGAAGAAAGACGCACAGGUGAUGAUGAUCAAGAACCAAGCGGGGGAGGAUGGGCCGACGUGGUUAGUGAACGGCUUAGUCGGAAAGGUGGUCGACUUUGUCGACCCCGAUGCGCCCUCCGAUCUGCUGCAUCUGCAACGGGCUCGGGAGGCCGAAGGGGUGGACCUGACGGGGAUCUUCUCGGACGAAGAAGACUCGGACGUGGACAUCACUCCACGCCCACUCUCCUCCGCCGCCAGACCCUCAGCCGGCCCGCCCCUCAGAGGCGCCGCGAAGGCCGAGGCCGAAGCUAAAGGUCUCCCCACUACUGCCGCUAACAAAUCCCCCGCGGCCUUGGUCCCGUUGGUCGAAUGGUUCCUCAUGAACGGCAAGCGCGAAUUCACCGUCGUCAAACGCGCCGAAUUCAAAGUCGAGAACAUGGACGGUGAAGUCCAAUCCCGUCGCUCCCAGCUUCCUCUGAUUUUGGCGUGGGCUAUGUCGAUCCACAAAAGUCAAGGACAAACUUUACAACGAGUAAAGGUAGACCUAGGAAAAGUCUUCGAGAAAGGACAAAUUUACGUGGCUUUAUCACGAGCGACUUCCUUAGAAGGCCUCCAAGUACUCCGCUUUGAUCCUAAAAAAGUCAUGGCCCAUCCGGAUGUAAUCCAAUGGAGUAAAACUAACUUGAUCUCGGGCGCUGUCGCUUCCGGUUUAUAG